UAAGCCACCCCCGAUACACGCCGAGACGCCGAACACCACCACACACGCCAAAGAACACACACGAGUAGACAACCACUAGUCCAGUCUCCAGUGUCACUCGACCAGAGCACUCAGCUGGGUAGUAUUUGAAGGUAAUUUUACUUCCUCUCGUGGCUAUGGAGAAGCAGGAGAACGGAGGGGAGGCGCCGGAGCUGAAGCUGUUCGGGUCGUGGGCGAGCUCGUACACGCACCGGGUGCAGCUGGCGCUGCGGCUCAAGGCGCUGGAGUUCGUGUACGCCGAGGAGGACCUCGGCAACAAGAGCGAGGCGCUGCUGCGCCUCAACCCGGUGCACAAGAAGGUCCCCGUGCUCGUCCACCGCGGCCGCCCGCUCGCCGAGUCCGUCAUCAUCCUCCAGUACCUCGACGACGCCUGGCCGGAGAGCCGCCCCCUCCUCCCCUCCGACCCCUUCGACCGCGCCCUCGCUCGCUUCUGGUGCCACUUCGCCGACGAUAAGCUUGGGCCGGCGGUGGGGGCGGUGUUCGCGUUGACGGGGAGGGAGCAGGAGGCGGCGGUGCAGCAGGUGCACGACAACCUGGCGCUGCUGGAGGCGGAGCUCCGGGAGGGGGCGUUCAAGGGGCGGAGGUUCUUCGGCGGCGACCAGGUGGGCCUCCUCGACGUCGUGCUCGGGUGCGGCUCCUACUGGCUGGCCGUGUUCGAGGAGGUCACCGGCGUGCGCCUCGUGGACGCCGACGCGUUCCCGCUCUUCCACGCGUGGCUCCGCGACUUCGAGGCCCAGGAGGAGGUCAAGGAGACCAUCCCCUCCGUCGACCGCCUGCUCGAGUACGCCCGCGGCCUCCGCCAGAUGCUGCUCGCCCUCGCCGCCGGCGCCGGCGCCGGCGCCGCCGCAGCAGCUGGCAGCUCCCCCGUCACCACCGCCGUCGACGCGCCGGCGCCGGCAGCUCCACCAGCGGCCCCGCAGGCCGCGGCCGUGGAUAUAUAAUCCAAUCGCUGGGCCCGCGCGCCGUGCGUGCGCUACGUCGUCGUCGUAGCUCUGUGUAGUUUAGCAUCUGUGCGUGUGUCGUCGUGGAGUGCAUGUGAUGACUAGUGAUGCGGCCUAAAAUGCGCUGCUGUGCCGCUGUUGCUAGUGGCGCAGUCUGGGAUAGGUGUCGAGCUAAUCUCUCUUUUCUCCUGUGUGUUCUCUGUCUGUUGUUCGUUGUGCUUGUGCAAGGAAUCUAGCUUGUGUCAUCGUGUGUUUUUCCCUCUACUAUCUCGGUUGUAAGUCAGACCACGACGUCAGGCACAUGUGCGACGUACUGGUAGUGCGUAGUUAAUUUGUUUCGGUAAUUCAACGGCCUCAUGCAUGUCUCGAUGUAAA